AUGUCGAUGCUAGGUCCAGACGCACACUUUUGUGGAAUUGGGGAUACAAAUGCAAAGAAAUUUAACACUACGACGGUAUACGCUGUAGAUGAGAGUGACUUGGAGUUAACUAAUGAUGAGCCUCGUGCAGUUGUCUUCUAUACUGACAAAAUAACAAAUGUAAUAAAAGGAGUUUUGCUUUUCAACGUCAUGGGAUUCGGAGAAGAAAUUGCACGAAAACUCAUUCGUGAUAGGAAACCAUUUAAAGAGACGCUAAAAGAAUAUUCGAAACUUUUUGAGCUCUGGGAAGUUGUUGUUGAUUCUCUUAAAGAAGAUAAACCCGAUAAAGUUGGCUUAAAUGAUGAUGAGUUAUUGGCCUAUCAAAGAGAAGAUUAG